UAGUUCGACCGGUGUCGUUGCAGGCGUUGAAACUUACCACGUGAUGGAACUACCCUACGCACUUGCGCUGUCGUGGUUGCUGACUGCAAUUUUGCUCUACAAAUGGAUCACCAGCAGCAAGGAUUUCUUCCGCAACAAACCAAUCCCAUCGGUGCCAUUUUUCUCUCUUCGGGACAACACCUAUUCACUCUUUUUGAAGCAGACCGAUCUCGGCGCGUUCACUGUACAUUUGUACAACAAAUUCGCGGGUGCAAAAAUUUUCGGCAUAUUUGAUACCAUUAAACCAGUGUUUGUCGUGCGCGAUCCAGAGCUCAUCAAACAAAUUACCGUAAAGGACUUUGACCACUUUGUUGAUCGGCCGGCGCUGUUUGGUUACAGUUUUCGGGACGAUCCGUACGCACUGUUUUCGAAAAUGCUACCCGUGCUGCACGGUGCUCGGUGGAGAAAUAUGCGGAACAUCCUAAGUCCGGCGUUUACCGGCAGCAAGAUGAAGCAGAUGUUUCAGCUGGCGCUGGGAUGCUGUGACAAUGUUGUUCAGUUUUUAAAUUCUGUCCAGCAGCAGCAGCAGCACGGUGAGGUGGAGUUGCUGCUGAAAGAUGUGACCAGUCGUUAUGGAACGGAUGUGAUUUCAUGUUGCCUAUUUGGGCGAAAGUUAAAUAGCUUUCAAGAUCGCAAAAACAAGUUCUAUACCUAUGGAAUGGACAUGAUUGUACUGCAUAGGAUUAUCGUAGUUUUGAAAAUGUUCAUGAUACGAUGCUUUCCUGCUUUGGCCGCUAAGAUAAAAAUUGAUCUGCUCGAUCGAAAACAUGCAAAGUAUUUCAACGCAUUUGUUGAUGAGACUAUUGAGGAUCGAACUAGGAAUAACAUCAAGGGAAACACAUUGAUCGACAUGAUGAUAGAGGUUCAAUUAUACCAACAAAGUCAGGAAUCAGCAUUGCCCGUAACGUUUACCAACCAUGAAAUAGUAGCACAGUUAUUAACGUUAUUUCUAGCCGGAUCAGGAACUUUCCAGUUUUCAUCGGUUGCUUUGAUUCACGAUCUUGUAAUGAAUCCGGAUGUCCAACAGAAGCUGUACGAGGAAAUCCUCCAAACACAAACCGAAUUGGGCACUGAAAAACUCAACUUCGACGCCAUUCAAAACAUGAAAUACAUGGAAAUGGUCACCUUGGAAAGCAUGCGACUUCAUACAUCAUUUUCAAACGCCUAUCGUCACUGCGUUAAGGACUACACCGUUGACGAUGGAAAUGGACUCAAAUUCAACAUCCACCAAGGAAGCAAUGUCUGGAUACCGAUCCUAGGACUGCACAUGGAUCCCAAGUAUUUCCCAGAUCCCAAGCGGUUCGACCCGGAGAGGUUCAACGCGGAGAAUCGACCGAACAUCCAUCCGGCGACGUACAUUCCGUUUGGAGCUGGGCCGAGAAACUGCGUCGCAAGACGAUUCGGCCUGAUGAAGAUCAAAGCGCUUCUGUACCACCUGUUGCUGAACUUUUCCAUCACUGCAAGUCCCAACACGCCAAAGGUGCUUCCAAUGAACAAGGCAUUCGCCUUUUUGGACACAGUCGAUGGAGACUUUCCGGUGACGUUUAAAAGACGUCAAAAGAACUGAUUUGGACUUUGAAUUAUCUUGUGACACGAUAAUAACGUGUCACAAGAUAGCACACAAGCGACGAUUUAUCAUACAUGCUCUGUAAACUAAGAAUAAAUUUGUGGAAAAUUGGUACGGAAAAGAAAGCUAGUAAAAUGCAUUCUUUUUUGUUGUUGUA